AUGAGCCCCCUGAAUUCAAUUUUCCUUCAAAAUGCCAGUAUUGUGCGUCCUGACUUCUUUUUCAUAAGUGGUUUUGCUGGUAUUCCCCACAUAGAAUACUACUAUAUCUUCACAUGCUUUGUUUAUGUACUGACUCUACUGGGGAACGCUUUUGUCAUGUUCAUGAUUUACACUGACCACUGUCUUCACAGUCCAAAAUACAUUGCAGUUUUUAAUUUGGCUCUGUGCGAUUUGUGUGGUAGCACUGCAUUCAUUCCUCCAUUGAUUGACACCUUCCUAUUUAAUUCAAAUUUAAUCUCCUUCGAGGCCUGCUUGGCUGAUAUGUUUUUUGUUUUUUUGUUUAUCGCUCUACAAUCUUGCACUCUCGCUCUUUUAUCCUAUGAUAGAUGUGUUGCUAUCUGCUUUCCACUGAGAUACAAUGAGAUUGUGACUAGUAAAUCAAUAUUGGUGAUAACAGCCACAUUAUGGAUUUUUGCUGCAAUAGCCAUUUUCAUAGGUGUGAUUUUUAUCACCACACUGUCCUUCUGCAAAUCCACUGUGAUAAACAGUUAUUUCUGUGAUUACGGGCCCACAGCCCUUUUGGCGUGCAAUGACAACACACCAAUUAUGGUGAUUAAUUGGACACAUCCAAUUAUUAUUCUCUGGUGUCCCGUACUUUUUAUCACAGGUACGUAUAUUUGUAUAGGCAGAGCAUUAUUAAAAAUUGCAGCAGCCUCAGAGCGCCUCAAAGCCAUGCAAACCUGCACCUCUCAUUUGAUCUUGGUGUGUGUAUUUUAUCUUCCUAUGUGUAUCAGCAAAGCAAUGGGCCCCUCUAUGCACCAGAACACCAGGAUCAUUAACUAUUCUCUGUCUACCUUCUUGCCCCCUGUGCUCAAUCCAAUCAUUUACACACUGAAGACAGAAGAAUUCAGACAAGCCAUUAAAAAGCUGUACAGAAGAGAAAAGAUGCACAUCACUGUAAAAAUGAAUGAAUAA